AUGGCCCACAGAUUAAUAGUGAACGUCAUCAUGACCGGUGCAUCCGUGUUUGGACGUGCCUUCACAGAAGCAUACAAGCAGGCGGCUAAGGCCUCUGCUGCCGGUGCUGCCGCGGGAGGACCAGCCAAGGCCAGCUCUGCCGGUGGGAUCUCCGUAGAGGAAUCGAUGAAGAUCUUGAAUGUCGAACCAGCUGAGUUGUCCUUGGAUAAAGUAGAGGAAAAGUAUAAUUAUUUAUUCGACGUCAACUCCAAGGAGAAGGGGAACUCGUUCUACUUGCAAAGUAAAGUAUACUAUGCCAUGGAUGCAUUAAAGAAAGAACUAGAGUACUUGGAGAAGAAGAAGGCGGCGUCGUCGUCGGCGAGUGAAUGA